AUGUUAGCAUUACCAAAAAAUAAAACUGGAUUGUUUGCUGGUGAUACAUUGCAAGAGGCAAAAUUAGCUCGUAAUAAUCAUGUGACUAUUCCUCCAUUGACGCCUCAAUAUCGACAAAACUCAUUUCAUUUGUUGUUAGCAUCAGCUGAACAAAAUCAUCAUCACAAUACUACUAAAGAACAACAACAUUUAUUGUACAUCGAACAAAGCAAAAACUAUCAGUCGGCUAUAUCUUCAAAAGACAUUCAACGUAAUGGAUUUCGUCCAUCAAACGUUAAACACGGUGCAUCAGAUAUUAAUCGGAUUCGAUCACUCGGUGAUACAUCGUUAAGUGCGUCGAGAGUAAAGAGUGCCGCAGUACUACCAAUGGCUCCUAGUACGAAUAUCUCAAAUAAUCGAUCAACAUUUAUAAAUUCUCGAGCAUCAGCCAAACUCAAGUCAGAAAUAGGCGAAAUGAGUGAAAGAUUAAGAAAAACCAACGAACGUCUAAAUUCAAAUGAAGAUGUUCAAAUGUUCAUUGCUAAACAACUGCGAGACGAUCGAUUAGUUCUCAACGGACCAUCACAUGUUUCACCAAGUGUUAUGUCUUCAUCGCCAUCAUGUCGAAUAUCCUCAGCAUCAGUAAUAUCUCCUUCACUACAACAAGAACGUUAUUCAUCAGCAAUCACAACUCUCACCGGUAAUACAAUUACAGAGUCACAUACUACACCAGCAACAGUAAUACCUGUUCUUCAUCCAAGUCAUUCUUAUCAAGUGCCACAACAGUCCAAUGUGGGCAGCGAAAGUGUACUCUUAAGAAAAACUCCAACACCACGAAAUAAACCAUCCAUCUCUUGUCCUUAUUACGUUAUGUAUUUUACACAAAUGUACCUUAAAAAACAGCAAAAAGAUGCGAUAGUAUUCCCGAAAAAUAAUACAAAUUCUAGUAACAGUUUGUAUUAUCCAUCAAGACGAGGCGGACGCAUUAGUCCUUUAAGUAUGAUGACCUAUAAUUCAGCAUUCGAUGAUCGCCAUUGGUUAGAUCAUAAGCGUCAAAUUAAUAAUAAAAAUAAAAGAAAUAACGGCAAAGAGAACGAACAGCAGUCAUCAAUGAAAUUAUCAAACAGAAUUACAAUGUUUGAAAACGAAACAGUUCAUCAGCUACAAGAUCUUUUACGUACAUCUUCUUGGAAUCAUGUGCAAGUCUAG